AUGAAUGGUCGCAAGGAACGCGCAUCGAUGCUGUCGGAUAUCUUCGCUCGGACUCCGCAGUCUCCCUCUGAGCCCAACACUCCUCGUAGUCAACAGAGCCCUUCAAUCGGGCAGCCCGACUUCCCCGACAAAUUUCCUCCGACUCAUCUGUCUAUGGAGACGUUGCGACCAUCAGUGGACCCCAACACUCAAGGAGACCAGCGAGGCCGUUUGAGCGGCUUCAACUCUCAUACCUACGCCUUUAAAAACCUCAUCCGUGAUACAGUAGCUCGACAGGAGGCCGAAGGAGCCACUGAGGACGCGAAGGUGGUCUCCUUCUCCACCCUCGCCCCGACAGGACGCGAUGGAGCCUCUCGGGACCUCGCUGUGAAGAGUCUGUACCAUACACUACUAUUAGCAGCUCAUGGGGAGAUCCAUGCUCAUCAGGCGAUACCAUUCGGUGGCAUAUCUCUCACCAUCCGCGAGCCGGAAGUCAUCACGUCCGUGCAUCAAUAG